AAAUUUCGUAAUUUCACACCAUGGCCGAGGAGAUGGAGGUUGAGGAGACGGAGGACUUCCACGACAUGGACUUCAAUGACGAAGAGCCAUCCUGUAGUGGAGGAGCUGGCCAAGCCAGGACGGAGCGCUUUGUGGUGAAGAAGUGGGUUGCGCACGCCAUGUGGGGAUGGGACGUAGCAGUGGACAACUGUGCCAUCUGCCGUAACCACAUCAUGAACCUGUGCAUCGAGUGCCAGGCGGACCCGAAUGCAAACCAAGACGAGUGCACUGUGGCUUGGGGCGAGUGCAACCACGCUUUCCAUUACCACUGCAUCGCGCGCUGGUUGAAAACGCGCCUGGUCUGUCCGCUGGACAACAAGGAGUGGGUCUACCAGAAGUACGGCCGCUAGCGAGGACUAUGGAU